CCCGAAGCGCCGCUGCCCUCGCGCUCGCAGCUCUCGCAGUUCCGCGCGACGCAGAAGGCCGCCACCAGCAAGUCCAAGCGCUUCUGGAAGGAAGUGCACGUCAUCGAGACCGAAGGCGGCUACACGAUCAACCUGGACACGCGACCUUUACGAACGCCGCAGCGGCUGCCACUCCUAAUCCCACGGUCCAAACCCCUCCUCGCCGACGCGAUCGCAUUAGAGUGGAGCCACCUGCGGUCCGCGGCGGACGCGACCAAGACGCACCGAAUCCCAUUGACGCAGCUGUCCUCACGGGCACUGGACAUGGCGGCGUCAGAGGCCUCGGACGACUUCACCACGCGCGCCAGCGCCGUCGCAAACCUGAUCCGCUACCUGGACACGGACACGGUGCUGUGCUGGGCGCCGACGACGCCCGAGCACCUGCGCGACCCCGAGCGGCCGCAGCUGCGCGAUCAGCAGGUUGCCGUGGCGAGGGAGUUAAUGGCGUACUUGGAUACCCGUGUCUGGCCAGGGCUGGUGAUUCAUCCCGUCGAUGGCGACGUGGGCAUGGUGGGGAAACCGCAGCCCGAGGCGACGCGCAAGGCACUCGUCGACUGGAUGAACCGCCUCGAUACGUGGAAGCUCGUCGGGCUCGAGAGGAUCGUCCAUGCGACUAAGAGCUUUGUGAUCGGUGCGCGGAUGGUGGCGGAGUGGGGCGCCGCGGGGGAUGCGAAGUGGGGCGUGGAGGAGGCAGCGAAGGCUGCGAGUAUCGAGGUGGCGUUUCAGACGCAUCAGUGGGGCGAGGUUGAGGAUACGCAUGAUGUCGAGAAGGAGGAUGUUGGCAGGCAGAUUGGCGGCGGAUGGUUGCUGAUCGUCGGUGAGGUGUAGACGGGAUCUGUAGAUUGUACGAUAUGAUUGGAAUAGUAGAUAUGGGGUAAUGAAUUGGCCUGCCGAAGCACAGCAAAAAAGUUAUAUCGUCAGAAACAGGAUUCGAACCUGCGAGGCCGUAGCCAUGAGAUAUCUAUACCCAUCGGGGCUUUCAAGUCUCACUCCUUAACCACUCGGACAUCC